CUCAAAUUGAAGCGGUGAAUUUUUGCAGACUUUGUUGGAGUUGGCCAAACUGCGGAACAGCACGCCGUUACCAAAGAUUAUUGGUGGACCUGGAGUGGCGCUGCCACCAGAGCAAGAUGUUCUGAUUGCCCCCACUUAUCAGCUGGACAUUCCGACGCGAUCCUUCCCCUUUAUGGAUGACGAUAUGGACGUAGACGACGAAGAGGGGAGCAAGCCCGACUCGGAUAAGGAAAUGACCGGUUCUCAGCCAACUCAUAUUCAAAAGUCUGACCAAGAUGGUCGAAAAGUUUCAUUUUCCAUUGGUGCAAAGCGGCCAAGGAGUUAAUGUCUCUGCAUCAAAGAACAGAAAGGGAUCGUUGACAUGGUGGAGAGAUUUUUUUUUGGUUCUCUCUCGGUAUCAGCUUUCGCUUGCACGGGCACGCCUGUCCGGUGUCGACUCCCGAUGGAUAGUGUCGUGCCGAAUUUUGUAUAGUAUUCUUGUCUGAUCAUUGUAGUAUAUGGUAAUGAUCUGGCAGUCGGUCAAUCAAAGAAAGGUUGCAGGGGGCUUGUAUCGGAACCGUGUAUGAUUUUUGCAAUGGAGUAGUGUCUGGAACAAGACCAGGAUCAAUGAUGGAAACCGGAGAGACAGAGGGUCUGUGCAUACAAUGGUUUCACGUGGGUGAGCUACUUUGACAGUAUUGGAAUUUGUGGACCAUCAGAGGAGGAAGGGACUAAAGAAGAAGACGGAAGCUCGUGAUCUCGCAAGAUUACUACUGCCUUGAAGCACCAGAUAUUUGCGAACAGUUUAAAGACCUUGGCUUCACUAGGUGAUCAUGGCUUCAGUAGAUUAUCAUGUCGGGUUACAGAAUAUUGUUUGGUAUAGCAGGGAUGAGCUUCCAGUGCAUUUUAAUGGAGAUUGGAUUUCAGGGGCAAAGCCUAAGCUUUGUAAAGUUUCACGAGCCCACUCGCUUCGAGCAUUGUGAAUGAUUUUUCCAGCCCCGGAAGCUCAAAAUAUCUGUCAGAAUUUAUUUCGUUCUUGGAACACUUGCAGAAAUACAUGAAUCAAAAGUGCAAAAUAUUCACUCGCAACGAAGUGUAUGCAGUCCCUAUGUGUACAUUUUACCUCGCAGGAAAAGCUUAGUCACUUGUGGUAUCGCCAAUGUAUGUAAUGGGGUUUGUCGUGGACGGAAUUUCCGGUUUUGUGAACUGUGGGCAGCUGUCACUUUUAAGACUUGGGAAUGGUGCGGCGCUGUCCGACUGCUAGUGUAUCCUCUGAAACGCAUUUUGUUGAUUAGCGGGACGGAAGUUUUGACAUCUCAAUUCAAUGUGGUGUGGUCGCCAUGGUUAGUGAGAGUAACUGUGUACCAAGGAGUCCAAGUCCAUAUUGAGUAAACGACAGGGACGAAACGACAGGGAGUUUGUGAUUGUUUUCACCGCAUGAAGGCUCACUCCUAAAGACCGCACAGCCUAAAGAAGGAAAAACCGUUCCAAAAGCCGAGACUGUUGUGGUUAAACGACAGUUCCACACAUCGGGUGCGAAUCGUGAUCAGUGAACCCUACGAAUAUCUGCCACCUCUGGUGCCUGGACUUAAUUAGCCCCAUUUCAAAGAGGUCUGCGCAUUGGAUGAUUGCGGGACAAGAAGUCAAAAGACCAACGUAAGCACCUGAAACAUUCAAAACAAGGUCGUCGCACGCCACAGACUCAUCGGCGUCUGUUCCACUGGUGCGUUUCACGAGUUUGUCCCGGGGAUAGAUGAUCAGGGUGCAGUGGAUGACCAAGAGUCUUACGAGUACAAAGUUUCACCAACUCAUCGGAACUCUAUCAUACGUCAAAGCUGGUCCUACGGCGUGCUUGUAGAUGUUUUCUUCAGUCCGAUCUCCAAGCGCGUAAUCGUCUCAAUGAUGGAAAUUCUAAGAAGGAGGAGAAGAAGAAGGCUUAGUCAACCUGAGCCUCAAAUCGGAGACUCAGAGUCUGAUCUCGGCAGAAGGAUCGUGCCUGAUGAGGAUAUCAGAAGGGAAUAUGUCGACAGAAUUCUAUCUGAUGAGAGAUGGGUGUGGAAAGUGUGUUUGCUAGCUCGUCUGUUGAAUGCGAUGUUGGUGCGAACGUAUUUCAACCCCGACGAGCACUGGCAGAGUCUUGAGGUUGCACAUCGGAUGGUUUUCGGGUAUGGGCACUUAACUUGGGAAUGGGACAGAGGAAUUCGAAGUUAUGUCCAUCCGUUGAUCUUCGCAGCUUUGUACAAAGUUUUGGCAAUCACAGGCCUCGACACGCCAUGGUUUAUGGCAAGAUCUCCUCGGCUGCUUCAAGCUGUGUUCGCAGCUGCUUGCGAUGUGUACCUGUUCAAGCUCACCACUCGAAUCUUUGGUUCUCGUUCAGCUUUCUGGGCUCUCUUUGCCCAAAUGAUCAACUGGUUCACGUUCUUCUGUAUGACGAGGACUUUGUCGAACAGCCUAGAGACUACGCUCACCAUAGCUGCACUCUUUUACUGGCCAAAAGGGAAGGAUUUGAAGCUCCGAUAUUGUAGCAGAUGGGUUUCUUCUCGACAGCUAGCUCUCAUGAUAGCAGCGUUCUCUUGUGCUUUGAGACCCACAAAUGCAGUGAUCUGGUUGUACGUUGGAGUUGUACAUUUGUUCCAGACUCCCAGCAAGUUUCGGUUUCUUCUGGCCGAGGUCCUUCCAAUAGGACUGGUCUCCCUUACACUUACUGCCCUGAUCGAUCGCUGGAUGUAUGGAUAUUGGACUCUUGUUCCUCUCAACUUCCUGAAAUUUAACUUUCUGUCAUCUGGAGGAGACUUUUACGGCACUCACCCGUGGCAUUGGUACUUUUCACAAGGAUUUCCUGUCAUGGUAUUCUCGUUCCUUCCUCUUACCGUCUAUGGGAUCUGGAUAUCAAAAAGAUGGUAUUAUGCCGGCCUAAUAGGUUGGGUUCUUGGUGUAUACAGUCUUCUCGGCCACAAGGAGUUCAGGUUUGUACUUCCGGUCCUCCCGUUGGCGAUGAUGUUUGCUGGCUACGCCCUUCAUUCUCUCGAAGAUCGGCGUACAAAACCUGAAGAAAAUGAUCCUGUAGCCGAGGACUCUUUCGAUUCUUCGUCAUCAAGUGAGGCUGGAGUCUCCAGGAAGCAGGCAGCGAGUGCCAAUUUUCAGACAGCAACUAAAUUCUGGUGGAUCUUGAUGUUUGUUUUCUCUACGAACAUGCCAGCUGCUCUAUAUACGUCUGUGAUUCAUCAGAGAGGGGGAGAGGCAGUGAUGGAGUACCUUGCGAAGGAGGCGAGUCAUAAUCGAGUGGACAGUGUCCUUUUCCUCAUGCCUUGUCACUCCACACCCUUCUAUUCAUCUCUUCAUAAGAAUAUAUCAAUGCGAUUUCUUGACUGUUCGCCCAGUGAUCAGGCCGAUUAUAUCGAUGAGGCGGACCGCUUCAAGAUCCAACCAACGGAAUUUUUAAGCACAAUGUUCUCCGUUCAAAAUCUUCAACUGCCGAGCCAUAUUGUCGUUUAUGAUUCUGUAGAUCAAAAGAUUCUACCAUUCCUGAAGGAACACUCGUACAGGCUUGAGCGGAGAUUCUUUCAUGCUCACUUUCCCGUAGAUCGAGAGCUUCAGGCUAAUGUUCUGCUGUACACAUUGUGCGGAGAUGCGCGAUCUUCAACCGUGCUGUUGUAGGCUUCCGUGCAAGUAUGGCCACCAUUACAAGACUCAUGAGUAGUGCCCAUCUAGUAUAGUCUCCAUGUUGCUGCCCACCUUUUUUCCCCAUUGACAAGGUAGACCACAACUCCUUGCGGCACAAGAGAACUCGAGCUUUUCGCUAUCGGAGACCGGGGACUCGCAGAUAUAACUGAAGAGUUACCAGGUCUGUUGUCUCUUGUUUUUUGUGGGGUUUCUUCUGAGUUUUUCCGGCAGGGAGAUUACUAUGCAUCAACUAACCUUUGAUCUAUGUGGGUUUUUCCAAUGACGCACAGUUUUUAUGGAAUAAACUGAUGAGAUGGUUUAAUGCAGCCCAGUUCUUCUAGUGUCUGCGUUGAGUUGGGAUAUGUUUCACUGGUACUACGGUUCUGCUGGAUUCUGUGGACACUGUAUUUUUUAUCAACGUGUUUGUGGAAACUUGUACAGGUAGCGAUGCCUGUACAAGUCUCACGAGACCACACACUGAACUUUGUACAGCCACCAAAAUACAUCUAAAUGUACAAAGUAGUCCGAAUCAGUAGUAAGCUUUGUUGCGUUCUUGUUGACUGCAGGUUUGAGCUACAAGCUUUUAGAUGGUCUCUGUGGAAUGUUUAGAUUUAGCCGGAUGUGAACAAAAAGUUGUGUGCAUUUUUCGAGGAAGUUUGGGAAAUUUAGAUACGAGCAGUUUGUGACCUCCAUAGCAGGCUUUGCACAGGAAUAUGCCUUCCGAUUGUUAUUAACUUUACUCUCCUAGUUCCGAUGAAGGACAAGCGUGAUUGCCUCAAAGGCCAAAAUACGAUAGUUCACUUAGUUCUUAAGGGAAUAAGGGAUCUGAAGAGACCAACGUGAGAGGAGAAAAUGAGGUUAGUAUUCUUUACCUUACUCUGGAUGGUGCGGUGCAGUCCGAAGAGCAUGAUAAACAAUGUUCUUUCUCUUCAAUUAGAACAACUUCCCGCAUGAUGGCAGACACAAGAAUUGUUCAGUACGACUUUACUGAUGACUUCAACUACUUUUACUACUUCAAUUUCUUACAAGUUGAAGUAGAGGCGAGACUCUCGACGAAGUAAACUCCACAUCCACUUUAUUUAGAUGGUUCGUCAAUUCCUCGCGCCGUUUUAUUUAAGUCGCAGGUUCUCCUCCGCGUUUCAGAUAUCUGCUCAUAUAUCUUGAAAUUCUUCUCAUAGGCUUGCUUGGUCUUCAAUCAACAGCUCAAAUUCUCAGUAAAUUCACAUCUCUCGUCCAACUAUAUGUAUUCAUACCUUUGGGGGUCUAUCCUGACACACGGCAAUCUCAUGAAGGGCCAUCAAUAUCAGGCUCCGGGUGUUCAGAGAACUGCAGCGCCGAUACUGGAGGCUUUGCAAUCUCAUUCGUCGUCUUCGCCUGGGGUCUAAUUACUUGAGGAAGCCCAAUCUCUACUCUACUCUACUCUAUUAUACUAUAUAGAACAGAGCUCUAUGUUUAGCUGACGUAAAGCUUUGUGAUAUCAGGGAAAGUGUGAGAAGUAGAGAAUAUCACAAUAGUGUGAAUGAUAAUUAACCCAAAUAGCCGCUCCCAUCAAUACAUCCAUUUUAUACAAGAUAAGUAAUAUUAUAUUGUAGAAUACUCUCUCUCCACUUUUCACAUGC